GAUGACCUUUACAGAAAUACUUAGCGUUGAUUGGUUCAAAGCGUAGGGAUUCCGACCUAUUGAACAAUCGGGGAUAUUCCAGAUUAUAAUUUCCAGAAAAUAAAAGUGAUUUUAAGCAUUUUAUCCGGGAUAUAAAAUAUUUUUGUUCCGAAUGAACGAGGAAAUACAAUAUUAUACAAUAUUGUCAAUAUUCUAUGUCAUCAUGAAGCACAAAGUUUAAAAAGCAAGUCCAUUACUAGUUUUUGGUAGUAGACCUACUUUCAGACCCACUUUGAAAGGUAAGUGCAUGGCAUGGGCUUCUAUGCUUUGCUUUUAAACGCAUUCAUUAUUUUUAAUAGUAUGAUCACAUUAAUAGCAACUUAUAAGCCUAAAAAAAACCUAAUUUUUAACAUGAACACUCAAUUAAUUCAACAAAUUUCAGUUCAUUCCAGUUCAAAUCAGGCAAACUUUUAGGAAUGGUUAAUAAAAACAAAAUGAAAAAUUUAAAUACUAUUAUUUCAUUGACAUUGCAAGUCAGCUAAUGGCAAUGGCAUUUAAAAAAAAAAAUGCUUAUCAUGGUUAAAAAGAUGUUCGUAUGUAUAUAAUUUAUUACAAUUAAGGAGUUACAGGAAUAUUUCCCUAACUGCAAUAAUUGCUACGCUAAGAAUCAGGUCGACGCUAAAUUUUCCAAUGACCCCUUUCAAUAACUCCAAAAAGCGACGGGGGAGGGCGGAGGAGACAGCCCUUCCCAUCUCCGUGUUAGCGGCGUGUCCUGAAUGACGAGGUCAAAUUCCGUGAACAUGCCAUGCGGUCUUAGUUGGCCAGAUAAUUAAACAAACCUGUGGUCAAAUUAUUAUUUAUUCACGAAGACUUGCGUUGAUGAUAUUUAUGCAACUUUGUUUUAAAUGUAUUUUGUUUAAAAAAAGGAUUUUAUUAUAUUUUGGAUUCUUUGUAACAUAAAGAGUUCUUGAAUCUACGUAGAAAGGGAUACAUUUAUCAAAAUAUCUCGAAUGACAAACAGACAAAAUGGGCGUGUCCUAGAAAGUUAUAUUUAGUACGUGACUAAGAGGAUUUCCUGCCGACCAACGUCGUGGCGGUGUUUACAUCACGUGAUCAAACGUCAGCCGAAUGUUGCUUAAUCUGCGUUUGUGUCAUCGGCUAUAUAAAGGACUGAGCAACAUCUCGUUCGCCACAUAAUUCAUUCUGAACAUCCUACGCAGUGGUUAUGAUGCAGCACAAUUGAGUUGUAAUAUAGUUCGCGUUUUCAGCAGGCGAAUAGGAUUUUCAUGUUGGAAGAAGGAAAAUAAUUUAUCACUAAUAAUAUUGUAAGUAUUCUAUUUGCGAAGGAGCCUCUUUGAGUUGGAAUGUGACUUUUCUUUUUUGACCUUGCCGUAACCAUUUCCACGUGGUAUUAGCUGUGCGCAUGAACUGUAUGACUUUACAACUGCGUGGUGUGUACAUUUUGUUUCUAGAUUAUUCCGUUGGUUUUCUGGUAACCUGGUUUUGUUAUGCAACUAUAUAUUAUUAAAGUAAUUCAUUUCAUUGUGACCAAACAAAGUUAGAUGUAAUAUUAGUAUCCUAUAUUUCUAGUUUGCUUAAAAUAAUAAUUACAUUCAGAAAUAUACUUAAUUUUUUAAAAAGUAACUUAUUUAAACUUCGCCGAUAAAAACUCCUCACUGCUGAUUCACUAGUUAUGUACGCCGGUACUGUAGUUAGUAGUAUAAAUAGUAUGAACAGGCUAUAUCCGUAUCUCACUGGUUGUUAGUUGGUGACACAGCACAGAUCUUCCGACAUUUUGUCAUGUGAUCUCGCUUACAUGCUGACAUUUCUGUGAUUUAUCUUGUGUACUGUUACUUAGCACUAGCAUAUCUGUCGAAGCUAUAAAAUAGAAAUUAGCGUCAGUUUGUUCACAUUGCGAUUGACGUCGACAUUUGGUUCGUGGUAAGACGAGUUCAUAGACUAACUCUAGUGGUUGGUACCGUAGUAACAUGCCGUCCCGUGGCCGUGUCUAUAUUUAUCUGCUGCAGCUAGCCUUUUAUUAUUAGUGAUCAGGCCGAAAAUCAUUUAGGCCUAUUAUUAAAUUUUAAUGUAAUUUAAGUCCCUCAAAGUUUUGUAAAAGGUCAUAGGCCUAAUUCAAUAUACCCGGCAUAUAUUUAUAUAUUUGUCACAAUUUGGAUACAGUGACAGCCUACUGUACUGUAGGCUACACAAAUUCAAAUACAUAAAGUUGUCCGAGUAAGCUAAACUCUUCCUUCUCCUGUAUGAAGUUAAUGAAGAAAGCUAAGCCUAAGCUUAUUUUAAAAAAUUAAUUUUUAUUUUAUUGAUAUGGUCAUUUAUAGUACUUGUGUUACUAUAGACUAUAGUAUCUAGGUGUAAGUUUAUGUCAAUCACUAUUAUUAGGUCUCAGUGGUACUCAACUUUCCUAAUGCAGUGACUCUUUAGUAUAGUUCCUCAUGUUGUGGUGCCCAACCACUAAGUUAUUUUCGUUGCUACUUCAUAACUGUUGGGCGCUGCCCACAAGUUGAGUGCCGCUGUAUAUAGUAUAUGGUAAACCUAUGUAUUAGUACUCAGCCCAAGUAUUCGGAUUAACCCUAAAGCCUAGAGUAAAGACACUAAAGUCAUUUAAUUUUAUGCAGCGCAAUGACACUUUAUUUACACAUUGGCAUUGUGGACCUUGUAACGUUGAUGUACAUUGAAUUGAAUAAGCCUAGUCGUACAUUGAAUUGAAUAAGCCUAGUCAUUUUUAAGCCUCAUAGGCAUUUAGGGACCUGAUUUACUUUCGUUUCAGUCUGCAAGAUAAAUAAAUCUCUUAAGACAGGAAGGUCUACAUUCUGCUGCUAGUAUCAAAUGAAAAUGACAAUCUCAAAUAGUUAUUGAGUGGUCUCUAUUUAUUUUUUGUUCUCAAUUUUUUAAUAUGUAACCUUGAUUAAUUUCAUCAGUGUCAAUACAUUUUUUGUACUGACUACAAUAAAGGUGAAUUAUUUUUUUUGGCCCUAUAUAAUGUUUUUUUGUUUUUUUUUUCAUAUCUAACAGAUUACUCAUCAGCGUGAACUUGAAAAAUAAGUUGUAAAAGAUGACAUCUCAGAAAAGAUACCGCCACCACCAGCAAGACAGUAACAACGGAAGCUCACGUUUCCGAGACCUACCCCCUAGAUUUAAAAGGCAAAAGUCAUCCUCCUCACCACCACCUAAACCUCUUGCAUCAUCUAAUGAAGAAAACAAUUAUUCAGAAAAUACCUCAAGAAUUCUUGUUCAAGACAUGUCACCAAUGACACCUCCUGGUGCCACUGCUACUUCUGAUGGUUUGAAAGUUUUGCCAGGUCUAGAAAGAACAAAUUUAGGCCUGAGCAAGUUGAGCCCAGUAACUCUGCCUAAUGAUUCAAUGUGGACAAUGUUGCCAAGGAAAGAACAGCAGCCUGUAUUGUCACCUGUAGACAAUAUGCACUUUAAUAACUUUUCCAGCAGCAGACAAUCGCCACCUGCACACAUUCCUUUGGGAACUCACUUUGGAUAUAGUCCUCCAAUGUCUCCAUGGUCCAACACAAAUACAGCUGGGUACCCCGGGCAAACUGCUGGGAUCUUUGUACAGAGCCCCUGGUCGCAAUCAAGUUUUGAUCCAUAUUCCAAUCAAAGGCUAAGGAGUCCUCCCAGUUUCAGUUUGAAUAACGAGAAUCAUGCCCCAAACAUCAAUAUGAUGCCUCAGCACAGUCCAGUCGCCCCUUGGACAAAAUCAUCAUUUUCUCCACAGCCUGUUGCUUCAGCCACUUCCCAAGCUCAGCGUCUUUUGUCUAGCAGUUCUCCUCCCAUAUUAAAAGAAAAUACCCAACCCAUUGAGAGUCCCAAACCUGACAUAGAUUACUCUGAUCCAGACAUAAGAACUAUUGAAAUGUUGCGUGAGCUGGAGAGAGUUGCUGAUGAGAAAGAUAAUGAUGAUUUUGGUGUUGACAGAAAGUCAUUGGUGUCCCACCAUCUGCGGAUGCUAAUGUGUGCAGUUGACAGAUACACAGAGGGUGUGGAAGUAGAGCUCACGCGUCGUGAGGAAGUCACACAAAAGACGGAAAGUCCCGUUCAUACCCCUCGACAAAAUUCGCCAGCUCCGUCAAUGACUUUGUGGACUCAAGAUCCAAUGCUGAAGGGAAAAGAUUCUCCAAAAAAGACGGAGAUCCUGAAUUGGAAUCAGAAUAAAAAUGCCUCACUGCUUUGGCAAGAACAGGAAAGAAAGGCUGCAUCUACUAAUCAACAAGGUGCAAAGAGUCCUGCCAAAAUUUGUAACCCACCAGCUCUUACACCUCCGCUGCAGGCAAAAUCUGUUUGGGAUGAAGAAGUUAGGCCAGUACAGCCAGGUACACCAGCCUGGGACCUCUGGUCUAGUCCAUCCUUUGAUUUUUGUGGUGUUCUCGGUAAUCAAGGCUCAUGCGACAGCUCUGACAUGCCUUUUUUUGAUUUCUUUGGCAACUGUAAUAGAGGGGAUUUGCUUGGUGCUGAGGAGAUGAAGGAAAGGAAACCCCUUUACAAGCGAUAAGUGAUGAAUUCCUCUCCUUGAAUCGUGAUACUGUUUUCUUCUUCAAUCGUAUUUUAAAAUGUUAACUAAUUUUAAAAUUACCCGAAGUGUACUCCUAAAAUGGAAAAUUGUAUUUAUAUCUCUGGUUUGGGGACAUAUGCCAUCUUUUGUCUUUGAGUAUUUUGUUUGGAUGUUAGAUUUAUGCAUCUUGCUGUUCAUUUUGAUGAACAUAUUUUGAUUAUUUAUACAUGAUCUGAUUCAGGUUAUGAUGAUCAACCAUUGAAUUUUGAUUCUCUACUUGUUUUUGUUCUCAUUUAUUUUCCCCAUAAGUUGUAAGUCAUUAACUGGAUAUUUAUAAACAACAGUUCUUGAACUUGCCAUGAUGUAUUUACUUCUUAUUUAUUAAUGCUGAACGCACUUGAAUGGAUUAGCUGCUGCUUAACACUGUGCUCGAUCAUCUAAUGUUACAUUGGGAAGUCGCGUCGGCGGGCCGUUUAGCAUGGGCUCUUAAUGCCCUCCCCAACGCACCUCCACACAGCCCAGGCGCUGGAAUGAUUGAAUUGACAAUAUGUGUUUACUGCCUUGACAUUUUCCCCAUGGUCGUAUCUGCAUACUGUGCUACCUGUGGUAGAAGGUACUCUAAACAAAUCAAAUACUUUGAUCAUGCCGGCCAUUUGGAGGUCUUGUUAAAUCUUAGGCGAUGCAUUUCAAGUGCUACCGGUAGUUAAUUUUGCUUAUCAUUUGUAAUAAUUUUGAUUAUUAUUUGCCUAUUAGCUUUAAUGAAUCUAAAGCCUGUAUUAAACAGAUUCCGAAAAAAAAAAUGCUUACAUUUCUACGUGUCCUCGCAAGAUUAUUGCAGACUCUUUGAAUGUUCCGAUUUAAUUUUCUACUUUUGCCUUUGGCUAUGCACCUUUCUUUUAACUUCCAUAAUGUGCAAUUUUGUAUCAACUGAGUACGUAUAUCACUGGAUUGUAUAAUAUUUGUAUCAAACUGUAAUUAUGUAUCUAAAUCUAAUAUUUUUCACAGCUGAAUUAUGUCUGAUUACACAAUAAUAUGAGCAUCCACUUAUUACAAGAGAAAAAAAUUGCCAAUGAUUUGUCCAUAUAUAGUGGAUAAUUAUUAAUACUGUAGAUCACCAACUUGUGUUUCCUUCUAACACUUGUACGCGCCUGGCAAGUGUAUUUUUGAUGUAUGCACAGCAAUAAGUAAGAUUAUAUUACACAGGCCUGGUGAUGAUUGUAUAGAAAAAUCGCGCUUUCAGUAUCUUCAGGGUUGAAGGAAUUUUUUUGAAAAAAUAUUUUUUGAAAUACUUCUUGUACAAAGUAACUAUUGUAAAGCUGUUAAAUAAUGUAAAUUAAUCUUGAGUUAAAGUUUUGACAAAUGAGCUGUAAAUUUGUAAAACAAUAGCAAUUCGUCCAUAUUUGUCAUGUCACUAACUUUUUGUGUGCCAUUGAGCAUAUCCAGGGGGAGGGAUUGUUUAUUUAUCUUGUAUUCUAUUGUAAAAAUUCAGAGCUACAGAAAAAAAGUGUCUUGAUUUAAUAAAAAUGAAAAAAAAAAUAAUUGCAAUAAAU